AUGGAUCCAAUCAGGGGGAAACAUGUUAGAGGUCCACCGACACCGACACGAGGCAACUUUCGUGUACCACGAAGAGUAGACACACAACAAUACUAUAUUCCUGACCCACCACCGACUACUCAACCUCAACAAGUCGAUCGCUCACAAUACUAUAUUCCCGACCCAACACCGACUACUCAACCUCAAUAUCAUUACGCCUCACAAUCUCAUACGUCGUAUUUUCCUCCUCCCACUCGCGCAAUGCAUCCUCCUCCCCCGCGCGCAAUGAUUCCUCCUCCAAGUACCCGCGUCCAAGAUUACGAGUGGUACCAAACGGCCGAGAUUGAUUUGGAGUCGUUCGAUCCAUUUGAUCGCACAACGAAUCCUCCUCCCCCUACCCGCUCGCGUCCACCGACUCCCCUCCCCACCGAUGAUGAGGAUGAGGCCAUUCCCGAUACACAAGAAGUUCAAAUAGGUAGUAACAACGACGAUGCCACUGUGUUGCCGGAUUUGAAUGAGUCAAGCACUCCUAGUAGUCGGCCAAGAAAGGGCCGAAAGAUUGUGGGGUCGUCAUCGUCAAAGGGGGGGAGGUUUUUUCCAGCUUUUACGGAGGAGUACACGGAGAAGAAGAAGCAAAAUAUGGAGGAAGCGAAUAUGAAGAAGCAAACAUUGUUGGACUUACAACUCGAGCAUCAAAGCAACAAGACUAAGAGGAGUGACUACAAGUUUUUCAACACCCCACACGCGAAUUCCGAUCCAAAAAGCAGAGAAUGGGCGAUUGAGCAAAAGCGGGAGAUUGCGGCAAAGUAUGGAUGA